GGGGCGGCCUUGGGAGGGUCUGCUGGUCCCAAGGCUGCUGCGGUCCGGGCGGCAGCGCGAGGAGAGGCGAGGCGAAGAGAGGCGAGGGGCGCGCGAGGGCACCUGCCGACCCUGGACCACAUCUUCCUGUGCAUCGUUGGAAGGAGCUGAGCGUGAUGGGCUCAGCUCCUUCCUGGAACCACCCGUUGUCACCACCGCCGCCCCCCAGACGAAUGGCUUCCUCUGCCACACCCACAUGCCCCGAGUGGAGGCUCUCAGGAGACACAGGCCGUGGCUGACCUUCCCCGUCUCUGACCCAGGCCCCGAGGAGCCGGUCGACCUCUGACCAAGGACAAACGCCUGAAAUCCAGCCCAGGCCCUGCUCACCAGGCGGCAGAGGCGGAGCACCUUUUCCCACGCAAUGGCCCUGGGAGGCAGGGAUAAUGGAGCACCUACUUUGUGCCAGGCUCUGAUGAGAAGCGAAGCAUCACUUCUGCCCUCACGGAGCCCCCAGGCUACUGGGGAGCGCUGACUCUUCAUCCAGAAGCUUCCGGGCUGGACCCUCUCCGGGCCACUGUGGCCAUGCCACCCCCUGCCUCUGAGCGAGCCCACAGCACCCUGACGUCUGGGGCUUCUCUGCUGCCACUUCUCCUCCUAGGACGAUCCAAUGGCAGCCUUGAGGACGGGCCUUCUCAGGUCUGUGUCCGACAGGGCAGUGUGAGGCCCCUGCCUGGCUCCACCUUCCUGCCACCACCUCGUGGAACUGGGGACAGUGCCUUCCUCCCCUCGCUGGGCUCUGCUGCUGGGUUGGAGGAGGCUGCUCCCGGGACACUGAGCAGGGCUGCCUCGGGUGACUGCCCUCGAGUUAAUGGCUCACCCAUUAUGUUUCCUGGAUCUCGCAGGAAAGAGACACCCAGGGGAGGCCCCAGGAGCCCAUGGGGAAGGGGACUGCUAGAACCUGCCUCUCCAUUUGCAGAAGGCCCCAGGUGAUGGGUACACAACACCGCCUCUGAGCCUGACGGGGGAGGCAGAGCUGAGCCCCGGGGGCCUCACUGGUCACGCGGGCCCCUGUCCUCCGCCAUCUCCACCCAAGCCUCGCUGGGCAGCUCUCAAGUCAUUCUACCACCCAGCUCCCCUCGGCGGUGGGUGGAGGGGCCGUGCUGAGAGGAGGUCGGCUGCCCAGGAGGCGCCCAGACCCCUGGCCCUGAGCACGAGGCCCUCAUCACUCAUGAGCAGCUUAUAAGAUGGGUCCUCGCGUCCUGAGUGGGGAAACUGAGGCUCAGAGGAGGAAUACCCCAGGUCCAAGGCCAUGAAGCUGAGAAGUGGCCCCUCUGGGAUUAGACAGCAAGCAGUCUUUCUCCAGAAGCUCCCAGCCUGGGUCUACACUCCCGUGCCCGUGUCUGGGGAGGGCCCUGGCACAGCCUCUCGCCCAUCCCAAUUCCCAAGGACCCUAAGGCCCCAGGGGGCUUCCUGGCAACCGGGUCAGCCCUCCCCACCCACCUCCUUCUCCUGGGCCCAGCACCCCCUGCUCCCACCCCACAGCUGUUUGGCCCAGUAGGUCCCCUGAAGGGGCCUUUGGGUCUAGGGUGAGGGCAGGGGAGGGGAGCAUCUCAGGCUGGAGCCAAGCCUGGGGAGGGGGGCAGGGGCGGCUGGGCCAGCCACCCUUCUCCAGUUUUCAGACCUCAAGGAGUCACCACGAAAUUCCAUUCUCCUGACAGCAAAGAAAUUGAAUCACUCUUGCCAAAGCCCACGGCCCCACAAGAAUGCUGCAAAGCUUUGUCCUGCUGUUCCCAGACAGGCAGCUGCACCCAGACCCCCCCACUCCCACCAAGCCUGGCCUCAGAGAGGUGGUACAGACACUCCCUGUCGCAUCUAGGCCACGCCCCUGCCAGGCUGAGCCUCAACCCCUCUGUACAGUGGCUCCUCCCCCUCGCUCCCUGAGUACCAUGCAGCAGAGCUUCCUGAGCCCCGACUUGCAUUCUGUACAGUGGGCACGUCACUGCCGCUUCCUGGUGUAUCAACAGCACAGCAGCCAGGGCUAGGCAGCACCAGCUGGAAAAAGCAGGGAAGCUCUGGGGCGCAGGGCAGGGAGUCCUGCCCCCUGGGUGGGGGCCAUGGAAGGGUGGGUUCCCAGGACCUCCAGGUGGGACUGCGGGGUGGCGUGGCUGCACGCUGCUGUUCCUCCUGCCUCUUGCAGGAUGCUCAGCACCUAGUGGGUAUCAUGGAAUGUCGGUGCCAGUGACAGAAUCCCAGGGACAGAGCACAGCUCAUGCAAUGAUUCAGGGCUUGACAGUUUGGGGGCUGUUAGAGCAUGGGGAGGCAUUGCAGGGAACAGUAAGAAACAGAGCCGGAACCAAGUUGGGAGGUACGUCAGGCCAGGACUUGAACUCACAGGUGACGGGGAACCACAAAGAUUUCGAUCUGCAUGUGUGUGUGUGCGGGGGGUGUGGGGGUGUGAUGAGCUGCGUGGAGAAUGCGUACAGCAGGUGGAUUGGGGACUGCGAGACCAGGGUGGAGGCUGCUCGAGAGGUCCAGGUCCAGCAGGAGCGCAAGGUGAUCGACAGUGUGUCUGCAGCAGCAGGGACGUGGGUUCAAUCCCCAGCCGGCACCGUGGGCUAAGGCUCCAGCGCUGGUCCAGGCCUGGGAACUAGAAUGCCUCAGCCGGAUGGAAAAAAAAAAAAAAAAAAAAAAGGUCCAGGAUAGAGGAGGGUCUCUCUCAAAACAGCCCAGACCCGGGAUAGAUAAGAGUUGGUGGUGGGUGAGGGACACGCGGGCACAGAGACCUUUCAGAUGAGAGGCUGGAGCUGACCGUCUGCCAGCCUUCAGGUCCAUUUCUCCCCUGCCCACCCCCACCCCUUCAGCUGACUAAAGGCUCCCAGGCUGGGCUCCGGCUGAUGGGGGAGGGGUUUAUGGCAGGAGGUGACUCUAUGGGAGUCUUGUCACUUGGACCCAGUAGCACCAUCUGCUCUGGCAUCUGCCUGCCUGAGGUGGUGCCUGCUAAUUACCUCGGAGGCGGGUACAGGAAGAGGCCUGGGAACUCUCACUCCCCAACACCCCAUCAGAGGGGCAGGGGCCUGAAGAACAAAUGGGCCAGGCCCCCUGGGCGCAAGUCUGGAAACUGGACCAGACAUUCACACAGUAAAUCUUUAUAGAGCACCUACUGUGUUCCCGUUCUUCAGCGGUGGACAUUCAGGUGGAGGGAGCGGGACCACGAAAGGGGAGCUGCUGUGAAGCCCGCGGCCACCGGGCAGAGUGAGCCAUAAGCGGGGGACUGGUUAAGCCACGGUGGUCGCUGGGAGGCUGCUUAGGAGGGAAGGGAAGGGGACGAGGAGCAGCCAAGCGGAGAGCCACCCCUAGCUGCGCUUCCGGAAGCGGCUGUAGGCAGGGGCUGAGACUUGAAUUUCUCGGCAUGGGGCCCUUGGCCACUUCCUCGCCCCUCACCCUCAACCUGGGCAGCCGGCACGCAUUCCUGUCGCCCCAGCUCGUGCGGUGGGCCGGCCCGGCCCGUGGGAAGGGCCGGGGGCCUGGGGCCCGCCGUGUGCCGGGGAGGCGGGGCGGGGCACAGCUGGGCCACAUCUGGCCCGAGUGGAGAAGGACCAAAUGGGACAGAAGGCCGCCUUUCAUCCCGCGCGACGAGGGGCGCUAUCGGUUUCUUCUCACCCUGGGCGCCCAAGGAUUUCUGGGGACCAGUCCCCCGCCCACCCCCCCGACGUGGGGCCGUGACGAGGAAAUUAGCUCGAGGCCUAGGGAGGGAAUUUAUAAGGUGCUUUCUCCCAGGAACCUCGUGCUCAGGUGACUAAGUUCCUUCUCGAUAUUAAUAACAGCUGCUCUGCACCGAGAGCGCAGGUCUCCGCAGGUGCAGACCCUGUUACCUGGAGCGCGCUGCUCUACGCAGGUGCAGACCCUGUGACUUGGCUGGCACCGGCCCUGUGGUAGGAAGCUGGGUUUGGGGAGGGGAAGUGCACAGCGAGGAAGUAAGGACGGCCCCCGCGGGUAAAUUGAGCCCUAAGUCCCUGUCCCAGAAUCCCGGUCACAGCGCCGAGGGCGCGCCCCUCUGCCAGCCAGAAGCCCAGUACAGCUCCAGCCGGCGCUCGGGUUUCCCCUUUAGAGUCACUGGGGCGGGGCAGGCCCAAAUCCCCACGCCCCCCGGCGGCCUGCUGGGGGCGAUCCAGGCGGGGCCCGGCGUGCACGUGCGCACAGGGGGCGGGAGCCCACGGCGCCCGCCCUGCAGUUCCCAGACCCCAGCUGCGGCCCCACGUGGGCGCUGCCGGGCGUCGGGGGGUAACCCGGUGAGGCCCCGCCCCAGGGUCCGGGAGCCAGUGAACUCGCGCAGAGGGCGGGGCCUAAGGCCAUCCCCCGCCCUCAGGGGGCGGAGCCACUCUGGGGAGGUUUAAGAGCCCGGGGCACGGGCAGUUCCCUGCUGUCGGUGCCGCUGGACGCUAGGUCCUCUACGCUGGUGUGCCGGGCAGGGCGCGCGGGGUAGGGCGCACCGCGCGGCCGCCACCCCACCAUGCUCAAGCGCUGCGGCCGACGCCUGCUGCUGGCGCUGGCGGGCGCGCUGCUCGCCUGCCUGCUGGUGCUCACGGCCGACCCGCCGCCGCCCCCGGUACCCGCUGAGCGCGGUCGGCGCGCGCUGCGGAGCCUGGCGGGCCCUUCGGGGGCGGCCCCGGCGACCGGGCUGGAGGCGGCGGCUGCGCCAGCGCUAGUCCGCGAGGUGCACAGUCUGUCCGAGUACUUCAGCCUGCUGACCCGCGCUCGUCGAGACGCGGGCUCACCGCCCGGGGGCGUCCACCGCCCUGCCGACGGCCUUCCUCGGCCCCUGGAGCCACUCGCGCCGCACGACGUCUUCAUCGCGGUCAAGACCACCAAGAAGUUUCACCGCGCGCGUCUCGACCUGCUGCUGGAGACAUGGAUCUCCCGCCACAAGGAGAUGACGUUCAUUUUCACGGACGGGGAAGAUGAAGCCCUGGCCAAGCGCACGGGCAACGUGGUCAAUACUAACUGCUCGGCCGCCCACAGCCGCCAGGCGCUGUCCUGCAAGAUGGCCGUGGAGUACGACCGCUUCAUCGAAUCCGGGAGAAAGUGGUUCUGCCACGUGGAUGAUGAUAACUACGUGAACGUGCGGGCCUUGCUGAGGCUGCUGGCCAGUUACCCGCACACACAGGACAUCUACCUGGGCAAGCCCAGCCUGGACAGGCCCAUCCAGGCCACAGAGAGGGUCAGCGAGACCAAGGUGCGGCCGGUCCACUUCUGGUUUGCCACCGGCGGGGCAGGCUUCUGCAUCAGCCGAGGGCUGGCCCUGAAGAUGAGCCCAUGGGCCAGCGGAGGCCACUUCAUGAGCACGGCCGAGCGGAUCCGGCUGCCGGACGACUGUACCAUUGGCUACAUCGUGGAGGCUCUGCUGGGCGUGCCCCUCAUCCGCAGCGGGCUCUUCCACUCCCACCUGGAGAACCUGCAGCAGGUGCCCAUCUCCGAGCUCCAUGAGCAGGUGACCUUGAGCUAUGGCAUGUUUGAAAACAAGCGGAAUGCCGUCCACAUUAAGGGGCCUUUCUCAGUGGAGGCGGACCCAUCCAGGUUCCGCUCCAUCCACUGCCACCUGUACCCGGACACACCCUGGUGUCCCCACACUGCCAUCUUCUAGCCAUUAUGGCUGAAACCCGGUCCCUGGGCACCCCUGGUAUCCAAAGGGCCCGGGGACCCCUGUUGUGCCGCCCUGGCCUUGGCAUUUGAGGCUCUCUCAGGGCUGUGCCUGUGUGUGUACCGUGUGCCUGUCCGUGCAGCAGACUGCUGGGCAGCUCUGCUCUGCCGAGGGCAGGCCCGGUCCCGUCUGUCUUUCCCUGCUCCACCCCGGGAGGAUUGUUAAGUCACACUGACCUCGGACAGCGGUUUUAUUAUGACUCUGGGGUCUUUGGGGCAGCAUGGGGACCAGAUGUGCACGCGCCUUUUCUUCCUGCUGAGCACAGGCCUGCCUCUGCGGGCACUUGCACCCUGGGGUCCUGCGUCUGCCUCAGAGCCCCCAGGACCACUCACCAGGCUCAGGGCCAGGAAGCUGGGUCUUGGGAGGUGUGGCCCGAGCCCCCUGCCCACCCCCGAGCUCUGGCCUGGGCACCGUGGCUCAGAGGAACAGCAGCCGCGGUGGUCUUGCCGCCGGGUGAAGUGCAGCGCUGUCCGGGCAGGGGUCUUCCCUGGCCUCUCAGCCCUCUUCCCUUUGUGACGGGGAGUCAGCUGAGGGUUUUAUCUCCUCUCCCAAGUAGAGAGAAAGUCGCCCAUAGUGGGUGUGUCUGUAAAUAUUGUGACAGUAUUUUUUACUGUGCUUGUUUUCGGAAAGGGGCUGGGUAAAAAGUAGGGUGUUUUUGUCUUUGUUUUCGGGGCUGGGGGAGGGUGUUAUUUUAUCUUUUCUGUGGAUCAGAAAAAGCAGAAGCCAAACUUGGGAUAAUUUUUGUGUUAAAGCGGAUGGCAAUGUCUGACACGCUGUGUAUUUAUAUGUCGUGGCCCCUGGCCUCUCCCCGCCCACCUCCUGCAUAGCCCGACUCCCACCAGCCCAGCUCCGCACACCUGGCCCGUGGGGUGUGUUUUGUCUUCUGUUUUUCUUUCUGCAAAGACACAGCUAGGAAAGUGAAUAAGGGAAAAGUUCUCAGGGAAUGCAAGUGUGUUGCUAUGGUGACGUCCUUUGCUGUGAAUAAAGAUGCUCUUUGGGACAA